UAAAAUACUGAAAGAAUUCAUUCCAGAAUUUCGAAUUUUCUAAUUUUAUAUGUGAACUACGAUUUCUCUACAGUGGAAAGGCGAAAAGAAACGAACAAAAUUUUGAAGUAGAAUUUAAGGCAGUCGCCGAUUUUCCUUCUUCGACUGCGGAAUUCGCCAAUAAUUUUGUUCGGGGAUAUUUGAAGGAAUUUAUUCAUCGUUUCUUCGCCCUAGGGUAGAUCAGGAUCAGAGCUUGAGAUUUGAAGUUUGUGUCCGAUCAUAAUGGCGAGGAUCAAACCUCAAGCUCUCUUACAACAGAGUAAGAAGAAGAAGGGGCCGAGUCGAGUCAGUGCUGUUACAAUUGCAAUUUACGGCCUGAUUGUUGUUGUCAUGGCGUUUUUUCUUUUCGCUUCCUACAGACACUGGACUCAAAGGUCAGCAUAUCCAGCAGAGGAUACAUUCUCAAGUGCAGAGCAUGAUAAUUCGAUUGGCAAUUCAAAGAAAAUUGAUAUCCCGAAAUAUGCUGUAAUACAAACCUCAAAAGGUUCAGUUACUGUGGAACUCUACAAGGAAGGCUCUCCUGAAGUUGUUUAUGAAUUUGUUCAGGCAUGCCAGAAUGGCCGCUUCAAAGGAAUGCUCUUCAACCGUGUAAUAAAGAACUUUGUAAUUCAAGGAGGCGAUGUCAAUAGACCCGGAACAACUGAAGAUUGGACUUCGAGGGGAAAGCAUUACAAUCAACUCGAUACAAGCCUGAAGCAUGAAGCUUUUAUGCUGGGCACUUCCAAGACGAAACCUGAUGGUGGGGGGUUCGACCUUUUUAUCACAACAGCACCUAUCCCUGAUCUAAAUGAGAAAAUCAAUGUAUUCGGACGUGUUAUAAAGGGUGAAGAUGUUGUCCAGGAAAUCGAAGAGGCGGACACAGACGAGCAUUAUCGCCCUAAAGCUCCCAUAGGGAUCACAGACGUGACCCUGAAAACAGAAUAGGUAGAGUGCGUUGUGAUAGCAUAGGAUAAAAUCAAAGAAGCAUCUUAUGAUUGAAAGUAAUUUCUGUUCAUCACCCUGUCCCGUUAAACCAAUGGAGCUUUCAUUCCCCACCUUCCACAUUCAAGGCUUCGUUCCAUCGAUUUGUACAAACUUGUUACUUUGUUUAGCUUUUCACUUUUGAAAUUUUGUUUCUAUUUGCUUCUUUUUGUAUACAAGUUGCAUUUUUAGCGUUACAAAGAUAAAUCUUUUAAUGACUUGAAA